UUAUAUUCUCUAGAGCAUUUCAGUGCAGAAGCUUCACCGUGCUCACUCCCUCUUAACUCUAUCACACGCGCAGUUGCAAUGGGUGUUCCAGUGUCUGUGUUCUUUGGUUUCUUUGUGGGUCUUGUAUUGGUGGUGGGAUUGGUUAGCUCGGCAAAGUUUGAGGAGCUUUUUCAGCCAAGCUGGGCUCUGGACCAUUUCAUUCAUGAAGGAGAGCUUCUUAAGCUCAAACUUGACAACCAUUCCGGCGCGGGGUUUUCAUCGAAGAGCAAGUAUAUGUUUGGGAAAGUGAGCAUUCAGAUUAAGCUUGUGGAGGGUGACUCUGCAGGAACAGUCACGGCUUUCUAUAUGUCAUCGGACGGUCCAAAUCAUAAUGAGUUUGAUUUCGAGUUUCUGGGAAACACCACUGGUGAACCCUACUCGGUCCAGACCAAUGUGUAUGUGAACGGUGUGGGUAACCGAGAGCAGAGGCUGAACCUGUGGUUCGAUCCUACGAAGGAGUUCCACUCCUACUCCCUCUUUUGGAACCAGCGCCAAGUUGUGUUUCUGGUUGAUGAGACCCCAAUAAGAUUGCAUACCAACAUGGAAAACAAAGGUAUACCAUUUCCCAAGGACCAAGCCAUGGGUGUCUACAGCUCAAUUUGGAAUGCGGAUGACUGGGCCACACAGGGUGGCCGGAUCAAGACGGACUGGACCCAUGCACCCUUCAUAGCCACCUACAAGGGCUUCGAAAUUGAUGGUUGUGAGUGCCCGGUGUCGGUGGCGGCUGCUGAUAAUGCCAAGAAGUGUAUCAGCAGUGCGGAGAGGAGGUAUUGGUGGGACGAGCCCACAUUGUCGGAGCUAAAUGUGCACCAAAGCCACCAGUUGAUGUGGGUUAGGGCCAACCACAUGGUCUAUGACUAUUGCACUGACACGGCUAGGUUCCCUGUCCUGCCUCCGGAAUGCAUGCACCACCGCCACUAGUGGUGGCCUGCGGAUCGAGGAGAGGAGUUGGGAACUUUGUAAAAAAGAACAAAAACUAAAGUGUGGGGAGGUUGGGAGAUCAGAUCAAAGUCAUAAACUUGUCAUGGGAGUGGGACCAUUGUAAAAAAGGAUAGGGCAGGUUGGGGGAACCAAAUCAAAAAGUCAUAGAACAUGUGCUACUUGUUUGUUUCAAUAUUCGUUGCUUAGGUUUGUUAAU